AGCACGCGCGCAAUUUCAAUGAGUAGUAAUUAAUCUAAUUUUAAGAAUUGAUAACGCAAUAAUAAAAUAUUGUUAAUAGAAUGCAUAUAUCUAUAUGUAUCUAUAAAUAUUCGUGUGGGUGAGAUUGUGACAACACUAAGGUGCAGGUGGUGUUUAAUAAUCCAGUAAUUAUAUUGCUCAUAUUUACUCGAAACUAAUAAGAAGAGAGAAAUCCCACAAGUUUGAUACUUUAUAUAUUGCCAACAAGAUGAAAUCAUUCGUUUGUUGCCUAUGCCUUGUGGCGUCACUAAAAACAAUUUCAGCAUUAACGAAACCAUUGAGUUUAACCAAUAAUGAAGGGGAAUUUAAUAAUUGGGAGGAAGUUUCUUCAAAUGAAAAUUUAUCCGAUAAUUCACAAAUUGAUUAUUUUGCUAAUGAUAAUACCAAAUCAUACACGCAAACAAGCGAUGCCGAUCUUCAAGAAUUAUCAAGAAUUUUAGAAACAUUAUUAGAACAAACAGGUCCCUGGAAAGCACCUCUUGUUGUUUUUGAAGUACCAUCACAACAAAUUGUCGAUGAUUCUGAAUCAAAAAAUAUUGAGGUAGAUGAACAUGAUCUUAAAAAAAGAUCAAGAUAUUAUCGUCGUUAUCCAUGGAAGAGACGAAAUUCCAGUAGUUACGAUUACAGAGAAGAGCAAUAUUUAUGUAUGCCAUCAAGAAAAGAAGUUCUCAAAUUAUUAGUCGCUCUACAUGGGACACGAGGACAUGAAGAAUUUUUAAGAACAGAUGUUGACUUUUGUAAACGACACAAACCCGGAGGUUCAGUUUUCACUAAUAUUCGAUUUUUGGGUCGUCGAAAAUAAAUUACCAAUUAUUAUUACCACUAAUUAUACAACGAUUGGCAAUAUUUUAAUUUUCAAUUGAUAAUUAACUGAUUUUUUAAUCAGUGCCAUUCAAGUUUUAAUUUUAUUCCUAUUAUUAUCAUUAAUAUUGUUAUUAUUAUUACUAUUUUU